AUGGUCGCAAAGGCUCGCCCUCGCAGGCGUAAUGGUGGUGCUCACCGCCUCGUCGCGUGGUAUGACAAGCUCGCGGCGUUCAACGUCGAGUCUCUCUUCGCCAAAUCAAAGCAGGUUGGGCCACCGCGUACGGUGUUCAUAAAUGAGGACCUGCCACAGGAUUACUUUGACCAGAAGGGCCGUAUCAAGAAGGAGCAUGUGUACAAAACGAAUCAGGUUGUUACCUCCAAAUACACUAUCGUCACUUUCCUUCCGCGCAACCUGCUUGAGCAGUUCAGACGGAUAGCAAAUAUGUGCGUGUCAUUCUUCGCCUUCAUUGCAAUUCUACAGUUCUUCCAUCAAUUCAGCACAAUUUCUCCAGGACUUGUCAUCCUUCCACUGCUCAUCGUACUCGCCAUCACUGGUGUGAAGGAUGGGUACGAGGAUGUCAAGCGGCAUCAAUCGGACCGGCAAGUCAACCAGUCGCAUAUACGUGUUCUCAGCGGAGGCGCGUGGAACAACCCCAAUGUCACGCAGGCAAAGAGUAGGACGUUCUCUCAGGUCAUACAGAAGCUGGGGUUGGAUAAGAAGAGCAAAAGGAAGAAGGCGGGGCAACAAGGUGCGCCGCCGGAAGUGGAAUUAGUUGAGCGUGGGGGCGUUCCUGGGGUUGAUCACGCUGCACCCGCCAACGAAGAUCCAGAAUUACAUGAUAUUGAAUUUGACCAUGAUCAUGAACCACGCUCGCCUACCCUGGCCUCGCGGCCCUCGUACGAUAUACGCUCACCAUCGCAAGAGCUACAUCGACGAUCCAUACAUGCUCCGCACUUCGGUCGGAAACGGGAUACGUCCGCGCCGCACUGGCGGCGCACGGCGUGGGAGAACGUUCGGGUGGGAGACUUCGUAAAGAUUGUGAACGAGGAAGCGUUCCCCGCGGAUAUUCUUAUCUGCGCGACUUCCGAGGACGAGAAUGUGUGCUUCGUCGAGACGAAGAACCUGGAUGGCGAGACGAAUCUCAAGUCGCGGAAUGCUGUUCCUGCACUCACGCAACUCCGUACGGCGGAUGCUUGUGUUGACCCGUCACUAGCUCGUUUCCGGAUUGAACUUGAUCGACCGGAACCGAAUAUGUAUAAACUAAAUGGUGCUGUGGAGAAGGAUGGGCAGAAGCAGCCUAUUGACUUGCAGACUGUGUUGCUUCGAGGAACGGUAUUGAAGAACACGAAAUGGGUGAUCGGCGUGGUGAUGUUUACAGGAGAGGACACGAAGAUCGUUUUGAACGCCGGUGGCACACCAAGUAAACGAAGUCGAGUGGAAAGGCAGAUGAAUCCUCAGGUUUUCUUCAAUCUCCUUUUGCUCGCUGGAAUGGCGGUUGCUUGUGGUAUUGUUGACCAUAUCCUAGAAGCUCGAUAUUUCGGUACAGGAGCUCCUUGGCUGGUUGGGGAUAACCACAGCGACGACAAUCCAAACAUUAAUGGUCUCAUAACCGCUAUAUUUGCGCUCAUUACGUUCCAAAAUAUCGUUCCAAUCUCGCUAUACAUCUCAAUAGAAGCCGUCAGGACUGUGCAAGCGGCGUUCAUCUAUUUCGACAAAGACAUAUGGUAUUCCAAGACAGAUCAACCCACGCUAGCGCGCUCGUGGAAUUUGUCUGAUGAUCUUGGUCAAAUAGAGUAUGUCUUCUCGGAUAAGACGGGCACGCUUACGCAGAACGUUAUGGUCUUCCGGAAUUGCUCGAUUGGUGGGAGGGUGUACAGAGGCGAAGGGGUAUCUGAAACAUCUGAAGGUUUUGCAGAUGCGAAGAACGACCAAGUCGUCGAUAUACGUCUCUCUGCGACCGCUUCAGCUGAUGAGUCAUCCAGACCUGGCUCGAGCAAUCAACUUCCUGCGGAAAAGAGGAGUGUCGACAAGAGCCCUACCCGGGUUCCAAUAGACCCUAUUGAGGCACCUGGUGUUGAACUUUCAACUGGUGUGGCGAACCAUUUUCAUAACAACGAACUCGCGCAGGACCUUGCAGAUGCGAUUCACGCAGAUGAAAACUCGGAGAACGCCGGCCAUGCGCGGACGCUGAAUGGGUUUUUCUCUGUGCUUGCCCUGUGCCAUACCGUGAUCGCUUCGGUGGAGCCGGAGACUGGAAGGAUUAGUUACCGCGCGCAGAGUCCGGAUGAGGCGGCGCUCGUGCAGGCUGCUGCUGAUGCCGGGUUCGUGUUCCGUGGACGCGACAAGGAGAUCUUACGUUUGCAGACUCCGUUCUCGGAGGAACUGGAAUUGUACGAGCUGUUGAACGUCCUGGACUUUACGAGCGCCCGGAAACGGAUGAGUGUGAUUGUGAGGAAGUUAAACGAGGAUAAUCGGUUGUUCUUGCUCACCAAGGGCGCGGAUAAUGUUAUCUUUGAGCGGUUGAAACCUGGGAUAAAUGACGAGUUGAAGGAGAUUACAGGUCAUCACUUGGAUGAAUUUGCAAGUGAAGGCCUGCGCACGCUAACCUUGGCGUACAAGGUCAUUUCUGAUGAGUAUUAUGAAGAAUGGGCCGAAAAAUACCAAGAAGCUACUGUCGCACUUGAUAAUCGUGAAGACAAGGUUGCAGAAAUCUGCGAAGAGAUCGAGACGGACUUGCGACUACUUGGUGCAACUGCUAUUGAAGACAGGUUACAAGAUGGCGUACCUGAAACUAUUGCGGACCUCAAGUUAGCUGGGAUCAAGGUCUGGGUUCUGACAGGCGACAAGCUCGAAACGGCUAUUGCAAUUGGGUAUAGCACGAACCUCAUCGCGCCAGAGUCCAACCUCAUCGUUAUUCGUGGAGAUGUAGAAGAUGGGUUGAGCAUCUUUGAUCAGAUGUACAACGCAGCAGAAGAGUUCUUCCCCGAGGCGCAUAUUAUUGAAGAAGAGGCGCUGGAUAUUAAUGAGAAACAUGGUUUCGAGGUUAAAGGGGGAGAAAUGAAUGGAUUUGGAAUGCCGUUACGAAGAGUAAAUACAGGUGUUUCGUCGAUUGUGGGGACGAAUAAUGGGGAUCGACCUGGAGGGUUUAUCUUGGUUAUUGAAGGGUCGGCUCUUACACACGCAUUCGCGGACGAUGAUAGCAAACGGCUCCUUCUCCGACUAUCCAUCCAAUGCGAAGCUGUUAUUUGCUGUCGUGUGUCCCCGCUGCAAAAAGCGCUAGUCGUAAAGAUGAUUAAAGAGGGGAUUGGUGCGAUGACUCUGGCGAUUGGCGACGGCGCCAACGACGUUAGCAUGAUUCAGGCGGCGGAUGUUGGUGUUGGUAUCUCUGGUGAAGAGGGUCUUCAAGCUGUCAAUUCAUCGGAUUAUGCUAUUGCACAGUUCCGAUUCUUGAAGCGAUUACUACUCGUCCACGGACACUGGUCCUACGCACGGAACGGUAACAUGAUUGUCAAUUUCUUCUAUAAGAAUAUCAUUUGUAUUGGCUGUCUAUGGUGGUUUAUGAUUUACUGUGGUUGGAGUUCACAAUACGUCUUCGAGUAUACGUACCUCCUAUUCUGGAACGUGUUCUGGUCGCUGUGUCCCGUGAUCGCCAUCGGGCUCUUUGAUCGUAUAGCAGAUGAUGAUAUAUUAAUGGAGAUUCCUGAACUCUAUCGAUAUGGACGCGAGGGAUAUUGGUUUGGGCACAAGACAUUCUUGAUUUAUAUGUUUGACGCUGUGCUCCAGUCGGCCAUUAUUUUCUUCCUUAUAACCUACUCGUACUUCAUGCCGACUGCAAGACCUGAUGGAUUCGAUGUAGCGCAAUACGAGUUUGCAACGACGAUGGUGCUCUCGGCGGUCAUGGUUGCGAAUAUGUAUAAUGGAUUGAACACAGCUGCGUGGACUGGCUGGGUGUUCUUUGCUUUGUUCAUCGGUAUCGUCCUCGUAUGGGCGUAUACUGCCAUCUAUUCCAUCAUCUCUCCUGGCUGGUUCUACGUACCCGUCUAUGGUAACGACCAUUAUCUCUUCCACUCAGCCAUCUUCUGGCUCUCUAUACCGCUCGUUUUCUUCCUUUCCCUCGUCCCUCGGUACCUCGCCAGAGCCUACCGAUUCAACAUCAACCCAACAGAGAUCGACAAAUUGCGUUGGGUGCGCAAGCUCGAUCCAAGUCGAAAGACACGCGAACAACUUCUCGGCGAACCACCAAAGGCAAAGAAAUCAAAGUUACAGGGUCUCGCUGCCUUGGCUGGUUCACGACCUUCUCUCGUGGACCGGAGGGGGAGUCGUACGGACAUGGCUACGGGUCUUCGGGGUGUACAUCGUGGGUUUGACUUUGCACAGGAGGAAGGAGGGGUUGCGAUUCAGAGGAUACAGACUAACCUUUCGGAGAGGAGGUUACAGCAAUUGGAUGAACGGAAGAAGCAGGGGAAGGAUAGGAAGAACUCGAGGUCGAGGUUACGAUUGUUCUCGCUUAGUCGGGGGUCGAGGAGAGGGAAACGAUCGGGACUCUCGGGUGAGGUGUCGGAGUCGUCUCAUCAUCAGCAAAGACCGCCCUCGUCUGAGUCAUAACCUUUAAUCGUCCUGCUUUCUCAGUUGCACUCCCCACGUUUUUAAACAUGCAAUCGUAAACAUAUAUAUGCACUCCCGCUUUGAUUUUCGCCUUUCGAUUUUCGAUUUCUUUCCUUUCUGUCACGACCUCCUCACGUCCUUGAUUAUUAUAUAUUCCGCUAGUCCUGUUGUUUUUCCUAGUAGUACUCAUUAUCAUCCCCGCAGCUAGCCCCUCACGUUUAGCUUAAUGACCUGCCCCUCCCCCUUCCCCUCGUCCCCUCCCCUCUGCCAUCCCCUUCCUCUCUCUCAAUCAAUCAAACUCCGAACAAAACAAAAUUCGUAUUCGUUCUUCACGCCCGUCACUCGCUUCAUUUAGAAUGUGUAUUGUCUCAGUGUAUCAUGCUAGUGGAUGUUUUUUAUUCCGCCCGUCAUUCUUUUCUGUGAUCUCUCGCAUCCGUUGAUCCCCAUCUAUCACGUCGUACACCCUGCAUCUUACACUCCUCCACCACACCACCAUCUGCGUUUGGACUCAUUCUCUCUCUCACCCUCUCGCGUAUUUAUGUAGAUGUCAUAUUCUC